AUGGCGACUAAAACCUCUACUUCCAUCACCAGCAUCAACUCUACCGUCGAAACCAUGACAUUCACUGCGGCUACCAUCAUCGCGACCAUGAUAACCUCGACCAUAGUCACAGUCAUCCGCCAUCAAGCCGACUUCGUGCCCAGCGCCACCACCACCCUUUCCCUCUCCUUAUCAGCAUCAGAGGCAACGCCAGCAACAACCACAACCUCCACUCUCAGUCCGUCCAUCUCGGAGCCUUUGCCCCGCUGCGUGGAACUUCUUUGCGGCGCUCUCAAACAUUUUCUACAGCUUUGUAUACACAUUCCCGAGAGCCUGCCUCGACGCCAUCGCCAUAGCCCACUUCCUCAUGUUCUGGAUGUGGUGUCAAUGACGAGCAGCGGCUAG